GAUUUUAGAAAUCAUUAGGGAAAGAGAGGCAGGGACAUCGUGCGUGAGAGAAAUAUCGAUGGGUUGCUCCCCCGUGGGGAUCGACCCCGCAACCCAGGUUCUGGUCUACGGGAACAAGACAUUUUCAGUGCUAGAAGAAGGAGGUUCCAGCUUUGGGAGACCAUCAUAUCUUACAGCAACCUGACCUGAGACAUCUGACUGCAGUUUCCUGGCAGACCCAGAGACACAGAGGACAAAGCACACCUCAGAGUUGCCAGUCCUUUCUUCAGAACUUGAGAAAAUGACCAUGGCCCAGGAAUUGUUAUCAUUCAAGGACGUGGCUGUGGGCUUCACACGGGAGGAGUGGCAGCUAUUGGAUCCAUCUCAGAAGGACCUGUACAGGGACGUAAUGUCAGAGAACUACAACAACCUAUUGUCCAUAGGAUAUCAAGUUACCCACCCAGAUUCACUCUUCUGGCUGGAGCGAGGAGGACCAUGGUGGAUAGCAGAGGGGGUAGCCUAUAAUCCAACCUGUCCAGAAGAAAUAUGGGAGAUUGAUCAUAUGCAGUGGCAUCCAGAAAACCAAAAUGAGAUUAAAACUUUGGAAAGAUGUCAACAAAGUUAUGUACUUGGAAAUAAUUUCAAUAUAUGCAAAAGUCUUGUUUCUUUAACAGCAAGACGCAGUAAGUUUGGCUCACAGUGUAAAAAUUUGAAGUCACAUUUAGGUUUUGUUAACCAGAAUAGAAGAUAUGCAGGAAAGGAUUCUGAUGAGUUCAUUUUCUAUGGAAAGUCAUCUUUCUACAUCCAGCAUGAUAAAACUACUGGAAUUAAAUGCCAUGGAUGUGUUAAACCCAGUAGCACUAAAUCACAGCUCAGCGACCAUCAAAACACUAAUCCAGGAGAGAAACCACUUGAAUGCAGUGAGUGCGGGAGAGCCUUCUCCAGGAAAGCACUGCUCAUUAGACAUCAGAGAACAGAAAGAGGAGAGAAACCCCACAGAUGCAAUGAAUGUGGGAAAACAUUCAGGAGGAAGAUUCAGCUCACUGAACAUCAGAGAACUCACACAGGAGAGAAACCCCAUGAAUGUAAUGAGUGUGGAAAAGCAUUUUCCAGAAAGUCACAGCUUGUGGUACAUCAGAGAACUCAUACAGGAGAGAAACCCUAUGGAUGCAGUGAAUGUGGGAAAGCCUUCAGCCGGAAGUGCCUGCUCAGUAGACAUCAGCGGUCUCAUACUGGAGAGAAACUCUACGGAUGCAGCGUGUGUGGGAAAGCCUUUUCCCAGAAGGCAUACCUCAUUGCACAUCAGAGACUGCACACAGGAGAGAAGCCUUAUAAAUGCAGUGAAUGUGGAAGAACCUUCUUUUUUAAGUCAGACCUGACCAAGCAUCAGAGAAUUCACACAGGAGAGAAACCUUAUGAAUGCAGUCAGUGUGUAAAAGCCUUCAGAAGCAAGUCAAAGCUCAUUCAGCAUCAGCGAACUCAUACUGGAGAGAGACCAUAUGCAUGCCAUGAAUGUGGCAAAGCCUUUGCCCACAUGUCAGUCCUCAUUAAACAUAAGAAAACUCAUACAAGAGAGAAAGCUGUAAAUUCACUGAUGGUAGAGAAAACUUCCUCAGGGAGUCAGAACUCUUUAUACACCAGUGAACUCUUAAAGGAGCAAAACCAUAUGAACACAGUGCCUGUGGAAGUGUCUUCUUCAGGAACUCAACACUUAUUAAACAUCAGUGAACUUUUAGGGGAUAGAAAAGUAGUGAUUGUGAAACAGCCUUUUCCCAGAAGUCAAGCCUUAGUAGAUAAUCAGGAAUUUGCACAGGGAAUAAGCCUUGCAAAUGCAGUGAGUGUGACAACAUCUUCAGUAAUAAAUUAUGUAUUGUAUGUUACAAAUGUGUAGAAAAAAGUCCUCUGGUAUCAGAAAUGUGGAAAAGCCUUUAGCAAGAAUUCUGCACAUGUUAUAUGUUAGGGCUCACUUAGGACAGAAAAGCUUUGGGUACAUUGGUUGUGGAGAACACUUCUGUGAGAAGCUAGACUUAUUCAGUGUCAGUGAAAUCAUAUUGGGCAGAAAUGCAGCUAUUGUGGGGAAGCCUUUGCCUAGAGGUGAUAUCACAAUUGGUAUCAAAUAAUUCUCACAGGUCCAAAACCUUAGGAAAGAAUGUGGUGGUUUUUAUUUAUUGAUUUGAGAGAGAGAGAGAAAAACAAACAUCAGUUUGUUGUUCCACUUAUUU